AUGAGUGCCGAGGGACUGAGCCGCUUCUUUACCGAAAACCUGACAGAAGAGGGAAGGAGCGACCUCAAUCAGUGGGAGGCAAAAACCCUUGAGUUCGCUCAGCGCGUCAACCGUGACGGUUGUGAAGGUGUGGCUUUCAUUACGAGUGGUGGCACGGCAGUUCCACUGGAGGUACACGCCGUACGUUUUGUCACUAAUUUCAGUUCUGGUGGGCGCGGGGCUGUGCUUGUAGAAGAGCUACUGGCUCGCGGUUGGGCAUGCAUUCUUCUUCGAAGCAAGACUUCUCAGCUCCCCUUCCGCCGUCUCGUCGACAACAUGACCACCGAGCAGUUUUUUGCAGAGUUGAAUGCACCACAGAAGUCUUGCGACGUCAGUGCAGCCAUAGAGGCUUACACCAAGUAUAAAAGUCGUUUCCUUGAAAUACCAUAUUACACAGUAGUAGAGUAUUUGUAUCUUUUCUCGUUACUCACAGGGACGCUUAGCCAUAGGGCAGAAUGUUUACGCCAAACACCGAUGAUGCUUUUGGCUGCUGCUGCUGUAUCGGAUUACUACAUCCCAGAAAGCCGCCUAUCGCACCAUAAAAUGAGUGGCGGAGAUGGGCUAACUAUUCAAUUUAACAACGUACCCAAAAUACUUGACCUCAUUAGUGAGGAGUGGCAUGGGUCGAGCCGUGCCGCCCCGCGAUAUCUCAUCACAUUCAAACUUGAAACUGAGGAAGAACAACUCAAAGCCAAGGCACUUAGGAAUCUUGGACUUUACCGUUGCGACGCUGUUGUGGCCAACAUGCUGCAAAAUUAUCGGGAACGGGUGCUGGUAUUUUGGAACGGAGAGGAGCAAAACCCAACACUCCUGCACCGGUCUCCAAACGGUUCCGUGGAAUCUCUCAUGAUUGAUCACGUGCUUCAACGCAUUAAAAACCAUGCGAAAGGGUGCGGUAUGCAGUACAAACUUGAGGGGAGGAGAAGAUGA